UUCCGCUCACACCAACCCCAACAGGAAGUGAGCGCGGCAGCGUGAAAGUGAGUGGAAACCAAGUCAAAACAAACCUUUCCGAUUUCUUCUUGAUCAUCAUGGACGGUGUACAGACUCCUUUGCGGUGUUUUCGGGAGUGUCACUCCGCUGAAAUGUUUGCGGAUGACGGGUUGGGAACUGUUACCUCACGGGAGCAGAAAAGGGUCGAGCGGAGCAUUGAAGAAGUCAUCAACGUUUACAAGCAAAUCCACAGCAUACCACAGCCAACUUUGCUGCGGGAGCAACACUACCAGUAUCUCAAGAAAGGCUUACGGCAUUUAUCAGACUCUUACGAGUGCCUGGACGCAAGCAGACCGUGGCUUUGCUUCUGGAUUCUUCACAGUCUGGAGUUACUCGAGGAACCUGUUCCUGCCGCCGUGGCCUCGGAUGUGUGUCAGUUCCUGGCUCGAUGUCAGAGCACGACGGGGGGGUUCGGUGGCGGACCCUCACAACAUCCCCAUCUGGCGCCCACCUACGCCGCCGUCAACGCCCUCUGCAUCAUCGGCACAGAGGAAGCUUACAACGUUAUCGAUAGGGAGAAGUUGUUAGAUUUCCUAUGGUCGGUGAAGCAGCCAGACGGUUCCUUUGUGAUGCAUGUGGGAGGGGAGGUGGACGUCAGGAGUGCGUAUUGUGCGGCCUCCGUGGCAUCGCUGACCAACAUCAUCACACCCAAACUGUUCGAAGACACCACCAACUGGAUCAUCAGUUGUCAGAACUGGGAGGGCGGCCUCAGCGGGGUGCCGGGUCUGGAGGCUCACGGCGGGUACACGUUCUGCGGCACGGCUGCACUGGUCAUACUGGGAAAAGAGCACAUGCUGGAUCUCAAAGCUUUAUUGAGGUGGGUCGUCAGCCGACAGAUGCGUUUCGAAGGAGGCUUCCAGGGCCGCUGCAACAAACUGGUGGACGGCUGCUACUCCUAUUGGCAGGCUGGGCUACUUCCACUCCUACAUAGAGCCUUCUUCAAAGAAGGCGAGUCGGAGCUGAGUCGACAUCGGUGGAUGUUUGAGCAGCAAGCCUUGCAGGAGUACAUCCUCCUCUGCUGCCAGAACCCAACCGGGGGGCUACUAGAUAAGCCUGGCAAAUCUCGAGACUUUUACCAUACGUGCUAUUGCCUGAGCGGCCUUUCCAUAGCGCAGCACUUUGGGAACACAGACAGCCAUCAUGAGAGCAUCCUCGGCAAGGAGCAGAACAGAUUGGCUCCAACUCAUCCGGUUUACAACAUCUGUCCAGAGAAGGUGGCUCAGGCUUUGCAGCACUUUCACCGCUUGCCCGUCCCGAAGGAAAACUCCUCGGCUGACCAUCGGUCCUAGUUUAUAGUUGCUUGGUGGUGAGGAAAGAAGACUGGAAGCAGCAAAAAAAAAAAAAA